AAUUUUAGCUUCAAUUUGUCUUCAAAUCUGUGUAAAUUGAAAAUACCACUUGGAUUCAAUUUCAUUCUACUGCAUGUCAUAUUUCCUUUUCAAAGAAAAUAACAAAAUGCUGAAAUUACAAGCGGUCAAAAGCCCUAAAUCGAACAAACUGGUUUCACUUUUUGUGCUAAUUGAACUUCAGGAAAUAACAGCAAUGUUCUGCCCACCAAUUGAACCUAAAACAAAUGGUGAAAUCUCUUAUUUACCAUUCACAUUGCCACCAAUAAUAGGAACAGGUACAAUGGCAUUGCUAAAAUGUAAUGAAAAUUAUAUAGCAGUUGGUUCGGUUACUUCUUUUUGCCAAUCAAAUUCUUCAUGGAACGUAAAUAUUGGUAAAUGUGUACGGUUGGAUUUCGGUAAACCAUGCUCACAUAUUAAAGGAUUUCCCGGUAUCAUUCAUUAUAUAACGCCUGAUACGAUCAAAUUAGCAGAAAACAAACUUGUUUCGGGUACGAAAGCAUUCUAUAUUUGUGAUCCAGGAUAUGCUUUAAAAGGUCAAUCUUUAUCUAUUUGCUUUGACGGUAAAUGGUCAUCACCACCAGCAAAAUGUUUAUCAGUUUGGUCAGGACAUUUUCUCAGUAAUGAAAAGAAAUGUGAAGGAAUCAAAGUUGAUAAUGGCACAGUAAUAUACAAUGAAGAAGCAGACGCCAGUUCUAAAUAUAAUAUUAAUACAAUAGCAACAGUGAGAUGUGAUCCAGAUUACGUUUAUUCCGGAUCAAUACAACACGUUUGUAGGGGAUAUAAUGAUUGGUCCGGUCGUUUCGGAGUUUGCUUACCAGGAUAAUCUAAACUAUGAAUCUUUAAUUUCUGUUUUUUAACUGUCUGCUGAUCACCGAAAUUUUAACUUUUUUAUGGUUUAAAAAAAUUGUUCUUAUCUAUUAAUAUUAACUUCUUA